AUGGUAGAUAGUGAAAAAUUAGAAGAUUUGCGAAAAAAAUUAUUAGAAGAAAUACAAGAAGCAAUUGAUUAUCUUAAAGAAAUAGGCCAAACAUUAGUAGCCAAUCUUUUAAUUUGGUUAAGUUAUUUAAUAGAUUUACUAAUAAAAUAUGGUAUAAUUGCAGUUAUUGGAUUUUCAACAGGAAUAUUUCUUAUAAUUUUGAUUACAGUUCUUAUUACCUUUUUUAUUACAAAAAGUUGUUAUCAAAAUUCAAACGAUGAUGAGAAUUAA